UCACAAAGUUGGACAAAAACCCAGGUUUUGAUGUGGCAAAAAUUAAGGUAAUCUGGAUAUUAUCAGUGUAAAAAGCCUUUUUUUUUCUCUCCAAAACCUUACAGUUUAAGUUUUAAGAUUUUCGAAGAAGACAUAAAGUCUGAGAGCUUAAUCUCCAAUUUUUCUGUUUGCUUUUCGAUGUCGUGUUGGAACCCGGUAGAGAAACCGCCAGUUGGUCUGCUUCUGUUCCAGAUCCGCGUGCGCGACGAUAAAAUGCCCCUGGCUCACAUCGCUAUCGCUGUGGAAGCGGUUGGGUGGUCUCACCCAGACACCAUCCCUCUCAUGGUGGCCAACACCCUGAUUGGAAACUGGGACCGCUCAUUUGGUGGCGGUGUGAAUCUGUCCAGUAAGCUGGCCCAGAUGGCCUGUCAGGGAAACCUGUGCCACAGCUUCCAGUCCUUCAACACCUGCUACACGGACACGGGCCUGUGGGGACUCUACAUGGUGUGUGAGCCGGGCACCAUCAGAGACAUGAUGCACUUCACUCAGAUGGAAUGGAUGUCUCUUUGUACGAGCGUGACAGAAAGCGAGGUGGCUCGGGCCAAGAAUCUGCUCAAGACCAACAUACUCCUGCAUCUCGAUGGAUCCACCCCAAUCUGCGAGGACAUUGGCAGACAGAUGCUGUGCUACAGCCGCCGGAUACCUCUGCAUGAACUGGAGGCCCGGAUUGACGCCAUUGAUGCCAAUACCAUUAAGGAGGUCUGCACCAAAUAUAUCUACAACAGGGCUCCUGCCAUCGCAGCUGUUGGUCCAAUAGAACAGCUACCAGACUACAACCAGAUCCGCAGCGGGAUGUUCUGGAUGAGAAGCUGAGCGGCACUGCCGAGGAACUGUCAACUACAUACAAACAUAUUUAAGUCUUGGGUCAAGUUUUUUUUUUAUUAUAAAAUAAAGGAUAACACAAUAACAUUAAAAUAACAAAGAUUCUAUCCUC